AUGGAAAAGGAGAAAGCAGAUGAUAGACCUUCUAUAUCUCUUCUUUUUUACGAUUUCUUAGGGUAUACUACAGUACACGGUGCAGGAAGAACUGUAGCCUCUGGCCACUGGAUCAGAAAGUUAUGCUGGGGUUUACUGAUUUUGGGAACGCUGGUAUUUUUGACGAUGCAGAUUCCAAAUCUCUAUCAGAUGUACAGAGAACGUCCUCUUGCUACUCGAGUGGCUAUAGAACAUGACACGGUAAUGAAUCGCCUUUUUUUUUAAUUUUUCCUUUAACUUAAGCAGCAAAGGGCUUAGUCGGUUACAUGAUAAAAAUGGUACGAGUUUUUCAGUCAUGCAUUACUUUGAUGGUCAAUUUGAUUAAGACAACAUGAUGUGGGCGAAUUUCUGAUGCAAGAAUUCGGAAGAAAAAACAAACACACACACACACUCACACAAGCAAAAACAAACAAAGUUUUAAAAGCUUUACAUUACAUUCAUGAUUAUUAAUGAAGUGUUCAAGCCGUUCCGAUUUUUAUAACCGUUAAUCAAGUGCAAAUUUGUUGUAGCUUAAUUCAAGGUAUUAGGCACCGCAAAUUGCUGUGCUUCAUAACAUCAAGAAAUGAAGUACUCAAUACAACUCAUUGUUUUGCAAAUGCAGCCUCAGGUAUAUGGCCUGAAAAUAAAAAUAAAAUUAAAAAAUAAGAAAAGUCAUGCUGGGAUAUUAUGGUAUCGCCCCAUGUAAGAUAAUCUAAGACAGUCUUGGAUUCUGGAUUCCGGAUUUUUUGUCAAUCGAACUUCAGCGGAUUACGGAUUCCAAUCAUUACUAAGGUCCGGAUUAGUUGAGCUUUAUUCCGGACUCCAAAGCCCAGGAUUUCGGAUUCCACAAGAAAAAUUCCCGGAUUCCAGAUUCCACAAGAAAAAUUUUCGGGAUUCCGGAUUUCACGAGCAAAAAUUUUCCCGAUUCUUUUACAGUUGCCAUUGGAUCGCAUUGAAAAAAAAUAAUUUGUCCAUAUCCGUUUUAAUUCUCUCAGAGUCUCAACUUUCCUUCCAUAACAAUAUGUGAUAUGAAUCCCUUGAGAAAAGACGACGUACAAGAAUACUUGCCAGAAUCACUGAGGAACAUACUAGAGAGUGGUUAGUAGACCGGCUUAAUUUAGAUCAUUAUUUCAUACUUGAGCUGUUUUUGUUAACUGACGUUGUCACAAUUGCUUUUAUUUGUUUUGAGCUGACGGAUUGGUUCACUAACCACGAGACAUUUUCCUAGCCAAUCAUAUCAGAUGUAAGACCAAUCCCAAUCCUUGCAACCCCCCCCUCCCCCUCCAAAAAAUAAAUGCCCCCUCAUCCCUACGCGCGCAUGGUACUCCUCCCGCUUGGUAGACCGGCCGGCACUCUUCCAAUUGAGUCAACCGGCCGACGGUUAUUUAUAAAAGCUAAACUUUUAUUGAAGAACAAUUUCAACAGCGGUGAAUCAGAACAUAAUGAAAAGUUAGUAAGUUUCUGACGUUGUCCGCUUCAAUUACCUGUCAAAAGACCUUUAAAUUGUAGCAGUUUUUAAAUUUUUCGCUCGUUAAUUAAUUAUUCCUGAAAGCUUAAGAACAACUUUUUUUUUUUCAAUAAAAUUGAUCUCUCGAGCUGAAGGGGGAAUGAACUAUUUUCUUUCAAAUUCUGUUUCAUUCGACGCAUAUCUCAAACCCUAGUUAUCUCAUUUAACAAUUAAUGAAUGAGUCGAGGCUGAGUAUCUUAUGAAGAAUUAUUGAGAUCGAGUAUGUUAUCCGUCGAGGCCAUAGGCUGAGGCGGAUAACACCCUCCGAGAUCUCAAUAAUUCUUCAUAAGAUACUCAGCCUCAUUCAUUAAUUGUUAAUUAACAAGGGUAUAGAAUACACUUACAAUAUAAUUAAUUUCAGGAGCUGAGGAGGACGAUGAAAAUGAAGAGAAAGAAGAGAAAGAAAAACAGGAGGAAAAAGAAGUUAAAGUAACAUCGAACAAAGAUGGGGAUGAGGAAGAUGAAGAUGAAAACGGUGACCCAGGAACUUUAGAGAAAGAAUACCUUAACAGGGAAUUCUUGCGCAUGGAAAUUUCCAAACAUAAAGUUCACGAUUUAAUGGGCGUGGGUCAUCAGUUUGAAGACUUCGUUGUCCAUUGCACAUUUAAAGGCGUGUUUUGCGGGUAAGUGACCCGAUCGCCACACCUCGAGUUCAGUCGCUCGUUUUAGCGUUGCCUGUUUGAAAACAAGUCAUUUCUACUUCCAGCAUCAUUAAUUAACAUUUAAAGUGCGAAAGUAUAACGUAAAAAUUCUUUAAUUGAAAGUACAUGCAUAUUACAAAAAAUUAGCCUUGCCCAUAAGUCUAUUAAUGCUCUCUUUCAAGGAAUUACUCGAGUUCGUUCUGGAGCCGUUUCUGGCAUUACGCUUACGGAAACUGCUUUGUAUUCAACGGAGGAAAAUCGGAAACAGCAAGAAAUGCCAAGAUAUUUAAAUCAAACCAGCCUGGUCCGUUACAUGGUAAAUAUGAGUUAUCAUGCUAAUUUUAGAAAUUUUAACAAUUACGACAGUAUAGGACUUUGAGUGGGAAAACUUUAAUGUUUUGGAUAGGUGGUUGCUUAUGGUAGGUAGUCGCUUACAAGGGGGUGGUCGCGCAUAGAGGUUGGACUGUAUAAAAAAUUCGAUGAAAUAGACGGCCCGUCAGAAGUAUCAGAAGGGUACUGGGGAACUUUUAUUACUCAAGUUUGUCUCUAAGUUAUUCCUUAGAUCUGGAUGUAGAAGAAGACGUUACAAAAGUUUUCACUUGUCAUCGGCCAAACGUAGUUAAUCGAUAAGCCGAUAAUCGAUAUCAAUCGAUAGUAAUCAAUCUUAGUAAAAUCCAACUAGUGGUCUAUUAUCAAUGCUGCGUUCUGGUUGGUUGAGCUACUACUAGGCUAUAUGUUAUAGCACACUAGUAGCAAAAAGCGCAGGCUUUUUGGCGGCAAAAAAGGAUUAAAGUCUAGCUUUAACUAGCUAAAGUUGUUUUGUCAUGAUAUUUUUGACCGACUAGUUGGAUUUUACUAAAACAAUUAUUCCUCUCGCCCUCUUGAUCUCUGAGUCAAUAGCCCAUGAGGCCGAAUUCGGGCUCUAGGAAUAAGUGUUAAUUAAUCGACGAUUGAUACCGAUUUCCGAUAUCAAUCGAUCGAAAUCGAUAAAGAAAAAAAGUUGUGACUUCGAUUAAUACCGAUGAUUUUUCUUUGGAGAUCGAUAAUGAUUUUUUAUCGAUGACUAUCGAUUCCUAUCGAUUGUUAUAGAUUUUGGUAAUUGAUAAUAAUCGAUAAAUAAUUUUUUCUGUAACUUCGAUUUCUAUUGAUUUCCUUCUGGCAUUGGGCGAAACUAAUAGUGAGACCUGGAAUGCUCGUGAACUUUAACCUAUUUUGGAGGCACCCAUCUCCCUUUUUCGUCAAAACGCUAGAAUAUCAUUUUACAAACCAAAGUCCACGCUAAAAUCCUAAAAUUCACCGUCUUUGAAUGACGAGUUUUCGGCCUUCUAAUAAAUAUCGACAAGAGAGAAUAAAGUAUUAUAAUGGCACAGAGAAAAAAACGCCCAGUCAAGCCUUGGGGACUGAUGUGAAUUUCACCAAAGUUAUUUUUAGACAAACUUGUUUUCAGAGCUGUCAAGAGUAAAUUCAACAGUCGCCAUCACAAUAUUCUUCUCCCUAAGAUUCCCUCUCUGUCCUAUUAAUAUACUCACGAUCUCGAUCUCGACCGUCGAUUGGAAGCGCACAGAGAGCGAGUGAUCCAGCUUUUCCAAUCGCUCCCCCCCCCCCCCCCCCCCCCCCCCCCCCCCCCCCCCCCAUCCCCCCCCCCCCGCCCCCCUUCGCUUUCCCCCUUCCCUUUUGAAAAAACGUAGCAGCGCCCCUGAAGUCAGUUUUUAAUUUUGUUUCUUUUUAGGGUUAAGUCUUGAGCUGAAUAUUGAGCGGGGGCAAUAUAUUGGAGGGAUAACAGAGGAAGCUGGAGUUAGAGUUGACAUCUCAAAUCAGGGAGAAAUGCCAUUUCCUUUCGAAAAGGGAUUAAGUAUUGCACCAGGAUAUGCGACAUCGAUAGGACUGCGAAAGGUUUGCUUAAAAGGGACUAUGACAGCUAUGUCAUAUUCGUUUUAUUAAAAUUUUGAAAAACAAAUAGCACCAUGUGUAAGUAAAGGUAGAGAGCUUUCAUUUAAAUGGUCACAUCAUAGGAUUUUGUCCACUGACAGACUCAAAAGUCAGAGACACCUUAAAAAACUCCAUCAAAAACCCUGGCACCGUCGCAACUAUUGAAUGGUCCAGUUUGAUUUGUUAUUUAAGACAAUAUUUAGGCAUUGAAACUGUUUCCUGUCGUCUGUUGCAACAGAUGUCAAGGAUGGACAUUGAUUAGAACUUGAAAAAGUUUGGCCAACUUUUUCAAGUUUUGAUGCUAUGCCUGCGACUGUAACCGAAAAAAAAGUUGUGAAUAAUUUUUAGUGCUCUCAUCCCUGAUGAAAUAUGUUUGAUUUUUGUACGGGUUAAGGCACUUAGUAAUAACUACAGCACAUAAUUGAUCUAAAACUGCAAUAUCCUCGUGACAUAACCAGUUUAAAACCUCUCCUCUCUCUAAUGAAGAUAAACCGAAAGCUUUGGUAUGGCUACGUUUGAUCAAACUCGUUCAGUGAAGCUUACAAUUUGAUGUGCAUAAGUUUUCUUUCUAUCACACUCUAUAUUGGAUGAAUUUAACGACAGGGUUAUUGGUUCCUGGUUUACUACUAUGGUCGGUUAUUUUAAGCGAGAUUAGCCAGUGUCUAAACCACCAGUUCAUGUUAUUAGUCAUUUUCAGUCUGCUAAACGCUUUUGUCUAAACAACAUCAUAUUAUCGUUAACAGUUUCAUGAAAUCAUAAAGCGUGGACUAACCCUCCAAGGAAGAGAUCUUAAGGUCUCUUUUUUAAUAAGAUUUCUAAAACCGUGGCCUUAGUGAGACUUCGUUUAAAUAACCGACCACUUAAGUUUAAAUUUGCUUUUGAAUACGGCAGGUUGUUAUUAAAAGAAUGGAUCCACUGUCAAGAAAUCGGUGCAUGGAAAAUUCCUCACUGGAUAACGCAAACAUAUACAAAAAGCCACUGCAAGUUAACUAUUCUUCUCUAGUAAGUUAGGUGAACUACACUUUUAAAACAUUCAAAUUAAAAAGAGUUUUAACUUGUUAUAAUACAAUGUCUCCAUUUCUGAUUGGCUCAAAUCCCUCGACUUACCUUUUAUAACCAUAGCGUUGACCAUUGGAAGGUGUUUGCGAUAUUCGGUUAAAUUACGUCAAAACCAGGAUAUCGACAGAAAAGGGACGGCAACCGAGAAGCCCUGGAGACUAGGCUGCGUUCAAAGCUGGUUCCCGUUAAUGAAUUUAUAAUUUAAUUUAAGUAAUAAAGUUGAACCCAUUGCAAAAAAAUCCACUUGGAGUUGAGCCCGCAAUCAGUUUAGAACUAGUAACUUGUCAUGAGCAUAGAACUUCAAAAAAACGCGUAACCUCGAUGGAUCGACCCUGACCCCGCGAUUUGGCCAUGUGAUACAGGUCAGCAGAUACCAUUUUUUGACAGCGUGUGACAUUUUACAUUAGCUCCCUUACGGUGUGGACAGACGGGCGGGCGGACGGACUUAUGGUCACGUGACUGCCAAACUUUCUCGGAUGGAUAGAUUAUCAAAUUGUCUUAGCUACUGGGUUACGGAGCUUCGCUAAGGACAGGAAAAUACAACUUCAAGGAUAACAACUGCUAACAUAACACAUUAACACCAUCAUAACACCAUUAGUUGUACGCAAUCCCAGCUUGUCUGAAAUUUCUCAUUGUAUUAUGGGAAAUUGCUGUUCGCAUAUUUUAUAGCCUGGAUAGUAGGCGGCUCUCUGACUUAUGCCUUUUGUUCUCACCCCUCCCCCACGGUUUUCUCGUUUGACCUCUGUUUUGCUUUCACCCUACUCUGUCUGUUACUUCAUGAUGGCCACAAACGAAAAACACACGAAAAAAAACCUACAUAUUUUUGUAAGCAAGUAAAGUAUUUAUUUUUUUGGCUUAAGGCAUGCAAAGGAUCUUGCCUGGCCUACAACCAGCUGCAAAAGUGUGGGUGUAUGCAUUACAGGUUCCCAAGACCCCCAGGUACAAAGGUGUGUGACGUACUCAACAAGACAGAAGGUAAGAUUUUCAGUCUGUUAUAUUACUAUAUGAAGCCCGUUCCUGAUGAUCUUUUUCAAUAGAUAUGAAAUUGAUGUUAUUUUUCAUGGUUUUGUUUAAGACCCUUACCACCUAUAAGCUUCCAGACAUGGAAGAUGGUAACUGAUCGAGAAUGUAGUCCAAAAUGGUAAACCCGCCGAGUUCGGAACAUGCAACUGAAGUCUUAAAGGACAAUCUAUGCUAAGUAAAUCAGCCGUGCAUUAAAUUUUCCUCGAUAGAGCUUUAAUCGGCGUUUCAGGAUCCCGGCCGUGUAGUCCUUAAUAGGACUACCGGUGACUUGUCGACUCCAGUGAUGACUUCCGCAUUGUUAACGUUUACGUACCUGGAAACGCCCGGGUCACUCACUGUUACCAACAAUAUGGACUAUUAAUUUGUGAUUUAGGGCUACACUUGUGUACACCUCUGGACGAAAACUUAUGAUCACCCAAUUUAUAAAAUAAGCCCUGCGUCCGUACCCUUUAAUUUUGAUGAGCAGGGAAUUUUAUUUUGACAGCAAGAUGUGUCAGUAAAGUUCAGACAGAUUUUACAGACAACAACUUGAACUGCUCUGGAUCAUGUCCGCCACCCUGCAGGUAAUUUAGCAUUGCAAAUAAUCUUAACUUUUUCUAUGCCCCUGGAUAGAAUGACCUGACCAAGGUGGCAAAAUGAACAAUACAGAGGAAUAUGAAUUUAUUGGCUCUAACUUAAUCCGCUUAGCUCUCGGACCACACAUGUCAAGCGUAUUUAUACCCUCGCCAUAAUGUUACAAGAGAUGGCUGAGAUGUAGCUUGUGACGAGUCUACAAAUUAACACUCAUUAAUUAAAAUCAGAAUUAGACAAAAAGAAGACGUAAAAAAAUUAGUACCAUGAAAGGACUGCCCAUAACACCGUAGGAUUCCAUCAUCAGGAUCAAAAGUUAGAAACAUGAUGCGCCAUUCAUUCUUGAAUACAGAACUAAUAACGGACGUCAAGUCAUAGGAUUUGGAGAUGCUGAGGAGCUGUGACAUCAUUGAAAAUGUUUGCCACCGUGUCCGUCUCUUGCAAUCUAUGUUAUGUUCAAGGGGACCGCAAAACCUCGCCGCCUGUAUUGACCUCAUACGCGAGUCAUUACGACGUUAGAUCUCAUACCCAUAGUACUCGACUGUCAGCAAAAGAAGCAAGUGAUCAGCCGUUGAAAGGAAAAAUUCGAGAACAACGUUAACAUUACGAAGAUGGCCAUGGUGACAUCAGCUCCCGAGUCCUAACUUUCGUCCAAGGGUGUUAUGCAGUUACUGACUGUCUCAUUUUUUUAUUGUUUCACUCACAGUGAAAGCACUUUUAAACUGACCACAUCCUAUUCCAUUUGGCCUACUAAAAGUUAUGAGGUUAGUAUACAUUGUUCAAAGAAUUUUCUAUAAGGGGAAAUGUCCUAGCUAGUCUAUAGCGAACAUAUGCUUACUGCUAUUUUUGAUUUUGAUUAUCAUUAUGAUUGCAUAUUUAUUGUGUGAUUUAAUGUAAUGAAGAAUCGUGACGAUGAUGUCAGAUGGUGUCCGUGACUAAGGUGUUAAUCUAAAAAAACGAUGUUAACGCAAUGUUGAGAAACAUGAUCUAAUGUAGCGGUUGAGCUUAUAUUUCUGUUCUAAAUUUACAUGCCAGGAUAUUUACAAGAUAGCACUAAAGGAGAGGAAGAAGGAAGUAGAUGGUAGUGACGAUUUCAGGUAACUUUAUACAAUAUAUAUAGGAAGGGGAUCUGAAGUAACACAAAGUAAAGUUGAUUUUCUGCAGAUUUGAAACACCUACAUCAUUUUUUUGUUUCUCACAGAGACAAUGUACUAAAGUUGAACAUAUUUUUUGAAGAGCUCAAUUACGAAGUUAUUUCAGAGGAACCAUCGUAUAAGGUACUAAAAAUUUUUUUACAAGUACUUUUAAUUCCUGAGAUAAACAUGCCACUAAAGAGGGUUAAAAGUUUAAGAAAGAAAACAGAAAAGUUUAAGCCUCGGUAGCGUGCAAUAAGUUGGGCAAAAUUUGGAAAUCUAGCCUGUGCAGGGAAUUAAAGGUUAGACUAUUCCUGGCACAGUAGAAAGUGUUUUCCUUUAAGGCAGCGAAACAUGGACUCUAACCAUACGGAAAAGCAAAUUGAUGGUACCUUAUGAUAUACUAGAAUACUUCGCACAGCACUAAACAUUUCUUGGACCACAUUACAAGUGAAAAUCCGUACGGUCACUUCCCAAAAGUUUGUAGCAAGAUCAGGGAAACAAGAAUGAGAGUAGCUGGGCAUUGUGAUAGACACGGCGAAGAGGAGGAGGCAUCGAAGCUUUUGUUGUGGCAGCCACAACACGGACAAACUAAGAGAGGAAGACCUAAGACCACGUACGUACACCUUUUGCUUGAAGACACCGGUUUCGACACUAUCGGAGAACUCAGAAUGGCAAUGUUAAACCAAUGUGACUGGAGAGAGAGAAUCCAAGUGUUGUCCGAGCUGGCGCUCAGACCAAACUAA